AGCAACAAACAACCACCGCCUCACACCAGGGAAGAAAUCUACAAGGAGUUCUCGCUUCAACAGUGUUUGAACGGAACUUCCUCUUUCGACUCGCUUUUCUCUCGACUAUUCAUCAUUCCUGAUCCGUAAAUCUUUUGUACUUGAACACUACCGAUAAAAUCGACGUAGAGCUCUAUUUUUGUACCGUUUUUGUUUAAAAAAAUAGCAGAAAAACCGCCAGCCGAAAUGGAGUCCCAAGUGCGUCAGAACUACCACCGUGACUGCGAGGCCGCCAUCAACAGGAUGGUCAACAUGGAGCUGUUCGCCUCUUACACCUACACCUCCAUGGCCUUUUACUUCUCCCGUGAUGAUGUGGCCCUUCCAGGUUUUGCCCACUUCUUUAAGGAGAACAGUGAUGAGGAGAGGGAGCAUGCUGAGAAGCUGCUUUCCUUCCAAAACAAGAGAGGAGGGCGCAUCUUCCUCCAGGAUGUGAAGAAACCUGAGCGUGAUGAGUGGGGAAGCGGUCUGGAGGCCAUGCAGUGUGCCCUGCAGCUGGAGAAGAACGUCAACCAGGCCCUGUUGGACCUGCACAAGCUGGCCUCUGAUCAUGUUGACCCUCAUCUGUGUGACUUCCUGGAGACCCACUACCUGAAUGAGCAGGUGGAAGCAAUCAAGAAGCUUGGUGAUCACAUCACUAACCUGACCCGUAUGGAUGCCCACAACAACAAGAUGGCGGAGUACCUGUUUGACAAACACUCCCUGGAUGGCAAGAGCUAAAUGUCUACAUGUUAUCUGCUUGCUUUAGAAGCAACUCCUUUCUGGUCCAGCUGUUCACAUCACUGAGCAUCUUUUUUUUUUUUUUUUAAUUAAAUCAUAAGGUCUUGGAACAUUUAGUGGCAAAUGUAUGUCAUAUGAAAGCUUGUUGUGACCUCUGAUCUGUUCUGAAUAAACAUUUUGUGCUGGAA